UCUCUUCUACGUUACACACACACCCCCACACUCGUCUUUCAUUUCUAAACCGUCCUCCCCUUCUCUCUCUCUCUCCCUCUGCGCCACAUAAGGGUUUCUAGCUUCGGCAAAUCCCAAAUCCCACCGACUUCACAUUCCGCCACACUCUCUCUCGCCGCCCGCCGGAGGUUCCUCUUGUCAAUGGCAAUCCGCCGCCGAUCACCCUCCCUUUCCGCGUUGCCGAGGUUAUAAUCCGGCCCGAUCGUCGCCGGUUCGAUUCGCAGCCAUGUUCGAAGCACACGUCCUGCAUCUGCUUAGAAGGUAUUUGGGGGAAUAUGUCGAAGGACUUUCGGUUGAAGCUUUAAGAAUCAGUGUCUGGCAAGGCGAUGUUGUUCUCAAAGAUCUGAAAUUAAAGGCAGAGGCCCUAAACUCACUAAAACUUCCGGUCACUGUAAAAGCUGGGUUUAUUGGUACCAUUACAUUAAAGGUUCCAUGGAAAAGUUUGGGCAAAGAACCUGUGAUUGUUCUCGUUGACCGUGUAUUCAUCCUUGCUCAUCCUGUUACUGAUGGCAGCACUCUCAAGGAGGACAGGGACAAACUAUUUGAAGCUAAACUUCAAGAGAUUGAGGAAGCCGAGUCGGCAACUCUUGAAGCAAUAUCAAAGUCAAAGAUGGGAAGUCAAUCUAGUGGAAAUUCAUGGCUAGGUUCCCUUAUCGCUACCAUUAUUGGGAACCUGAAGAUAUCAAUUAGCAAUGUACAUAUAAGAUAUGAGGAUUUGGUCAGUAAUCCAGGACAUCCUUUUUGUUCGGGUGCCACUUUAGCCAAGCUUGCUGCUGUUACAAUGGAUGAGGAAGGGAAGGAAACAUUUGAUACCAGUGGUGCCCUUGAUAAGUUGCGAAAGUCAUUGCAACUAGAGAGACUUGCAAUGUAUCAUGACUCUGAUAGUGUACCAUGGAAGAUAGACAAAAACUGGGGCGAUCUCGCUCCAAAGGAAUGGGUUGAGAUUUUUGAAGAUGGUAUACGUGAACCUGCUGAUGACCAUGUAAUGGUGUCUAAGUGGGCUAUGAAUCGCAAGUAUUUGGUGUCACCUAUAAAUGGAGUUUUAAAGUAUCAUCGUGUAGGAAACCAAGAAAGAAAUGAUCCAGAUGUUCCAUUUGAGAAUGCUUCUCUUGUCUUAAGUGACGUUUCCUUGACAAUAACAGAGGCUCAAUAUCGUGAUUGGAUAAAACUAUUCGAAGUUGUUUCAAGAUACAAGAGAUAUGUUGAAUUUUCUCAUCUAAGGCCAGCUCUAGCAGUAUCAGCGGGUCCAUCUAUGUGGUGGCAUUAUGCUGCUCAAGCAGGACUUCAGCAGAAGAAAAUGUGCUACCGGUUUUCUUGGGACCGCAUUCGGGUUCUUUGCCAGCUCCGUCGCCGUUACAUUCAGUUAUAUGCUGGUUUCUUACAACACCCAACAAAUGUUGAUAAUGCUGAAAUUAGAGAAAUCGAGAAAGAUUUGGAUUCUAAAGUAAUUCUUCUGUGGAGGUUACUUGCUCAUGCAAAGGUGGAAUCUGUAAAAUCGAAGGAAGCGGCUGAACAGAGGAUGCUCCAGAAAAAAAGUUGGUUUUCGUUUAAAUGGCGUACACCUGAUGAAUCUGCUGAAGAUAUAUCUGAUGGAUCACAGUCCCCAGAAGAAAGACUGACUAAAGAGGAGUGGCAAGCAAUUAAUAAGUUACUGAGUUACCAGCCUGAUGAAACAUUGGCAUCUCAAUUGGAUAUGCAGAACAUGAUCCGGUUUAUGGUAACUGUGUCUGUUAAUCGGGCUGCUGCUAGGAUUGUUGAUAUAAAUCAGACUGAGAUUCUGUGUUGUAAAUUUGAGCAACUUCAAGUGUCAACGAAGUUUAAACAUCAAAGUACAUACUGUGAUGUGUCAUUGAGAUUCUAUGGUCUGUAUGCGCCUGAAGGCUCACUUGCUCAGAGCGUGUCUAGUAAGCGGAAGGCAAAUGCUCUGACUGCUAGCUUUGUAUACUCUCCAGUUGGAGAGAAUGUUGACUGGAGGCUUUCAGCUACCAUUUCACCGUGUCAUGUCACGGUCUUGAUGGAAAGCUGUGAUCGCUUUUUAGAUUUUGUGAAGAGGAGUAAUGCUGUUAGUCCUACUGUUACAUUGGAAACAGCAACAGCUUUGCAGAUGCAAAUUGAGAAAGUGACUCGUAGAGCACAAGAGCAAUUUCAAAUGGUGUUAGAAGAACAAAGCAGAUUUGCCCUUGAUAUUGAUUUAGAUGCUCCAAAAGUAAGAGUUCCUAUCAGAACCAACGGGUCUUCCAAAUGUGAUAGCCAUUUUCUGUUGGAUCUUGGCCAUUUUACGCUGCAGACAAAAGAUACUCAGCAUGAUGAACAGAAGAAGAACCUGUAUUCUCGCUUUUUUAUUACUGGAAGAGAUAUUGCUGCCUUUUUUACUGAUUGUGGUGUCGAUCGUCAAAUUUGCACUUUGGAAUCACCUGAUUCUGAUAACCACCCACCGGUUAGCCCCGAAAAUGCUGACAAUUUCUAUCCUCUCAUAGAUAGGUGUGGAAUGGCUCUACUUGUUGAUCAGAUCAAAGUACCUCACCCAAGUUACCCGUCAAUGUGUGUAUCAAUUCAAGUGCCAAACCUAGGGGUGCACUUUUCCCCAUUGAGAUUUCAGAGACUGAUGAAAUUAUCAAACAUAUUGUAUGGUAAUUUGGAAAAUAUUGGUCAGCCAGCUGUCGAUGAUUUUCAAGCAGAAAACGCCCCUUGGAAUCCUGCAGAUCUUUACACAGAUGCUAGAAUUUUAGUGUGGAAGGGAAUUGGCAAUUCUGUGGCUACAUGGCAACCUUGUUUUCUUGUGUUGUCGGGGACCAAUAUUUUUGUUUUGGAGUCUGAGAAGUCUCAGAGUUAUCAGCGGUACUCCAGCAUGGCUGGUAGACAAGUAUGUGAGGUUCCUCGAACAAGUAUUGGUGGUUCACCAUUUUGUCUUGCUGUCAUUCACAGGGGGAUGGAUACUCAAAAGGCUCUGGAGUCUUCUAGUAGCUUGAUUAUUGAGUUCCGUGGGGAGGAGGAGAAGGUCGUUUGGUUGAAGGGACUUGUACAAGCAACAUAUCAAGCUUCUGCUCCCCCUUCAGUUGAUAUCUUGGGGAAAACAAGUGAUCAUGCUGCUGAGUUUGGUGAGCCUCAGACCAGCAAAUCUAAAACAGCUGACCUCGUCAUUAAUGGGGCACUUGUGGAGACAAAGAUAUCUAUUUAUGGAAAGAUGGGUGACAAAAAUGCUGAAGAAUUUGAUGAGACUCUGAUGCUUGAGGUUCUUGCCAGUGGGGGGCAGGUUCAUAUGAUUCGUUGGGAAGGUGACAUGACACUUAAUACAAAGCUUCACUCUUUAAAAAUUAAAGAUGAGCUUCAAGGUCGUCUGUCUACAACCCCACAGUAUUUGGCUUGUUCUGUGCUGAAGAGUGACAAUCUAGUUUCGUCCCCUGGCAUAGUUGAUCCACAUUGGAAAGAAAUGUCUGUUUUACUUCAUGAGGAGGAUGAUACUUAUACAGAUGCUUUGCCAGAUUUUAUGUCUGUAUCAGAUGUAGGCUUUGGUUCACCAGUUUCAGAUACGGUUUCACGUGUAUCAAUUGAGGAUAUCCAUGAUGCUGCUGGAUCUGUGUCUGCAUCUGCAUCUGCUGAAGGCUUAGUUCUUGAAAAGAAUCUUUUAAAGGCAAAAUGCAUUUCUGCUGAGGAAUUUUACGAGGCGGAGGGUAGUGACUAUUCCAAUUUUGUAUCUGUCACCUUCUCAACUCUGAGUUCUAGUUCACCUGAUUAUGAUGGUACUGACACACAGAUGAGCCUCUGUAUGUCAAAACUGGAAUUUUUCUGCAACAGACCUACUUUGGUUGCUUUAAUUGAUUUUGGCCUGGACUUGAGCUCUGUGUACAGUGCGGAAAGUACUGACAUUACUGAAGGCUCAGACGAUAAGUCUUUGACGAACAAAGAAAAGACCGAAGAAAUUGGACGUGUCAAAGGGUUGCUGGGUUAUGGAAAAGGUCGUGUAGUAUUUUAUCUGAACAUGAAUGUGGACAGUGUAACUGUGUUUCUGAACAAGGAGGAUGCUUCUCUGCUUGCGACGUUUGUACAAGAAAGUUUUGUGCUUGAUCUCAAGGUCCACCCGAGUUCUCUUUCCAUCGAAGGCACCCUAGGAAAUUUUAGACUUCGUGAUAUGUCUCUUGGAGAAGAUAACUGUUGGGCCUGGCUAUGUGAUAUUCGCAAUCCAGAUGUGGAAUCCCUUAUCAAGUUCAACUUUAAGUCUUACAGUGCUGAAGACGAUGACUAUGAAGGAUAUGAUUAUAGUUUGUGUGGUCGUUUUGCUGCUGUUCGUAUCGUCUUCCUUUAUAGGUUUAUUCAGGAGAUAACUGCAUACUUUAUGGAACUUGCUACGCCUCAUACUGAAGAAGCAAUUAAGCUUGUUGAUAAAGUUGGUGGUUUUGAGUGGCUAAUUGAGAAGUAUGAAAUUGAUGGAGCUACUGCACUUAAGCUGGAUCUAUCGCUUGAUACUCCAAUAAUUAUUGUUCCCAAGAAUUCAACAAGCAAUGAUUUCAUUCAGCUUGAUCUGGGCCAGCUACAGGUCACAAAUGAAUUUAGCUGGCAUGGUUCUCCAGAGAAAGAUCCUUCUGCAGUCCACAUUGAUGUACUUCAUGCUGAGAUUCUGGGUAUCAACAUGUCUGUAGGAAUUGAGGGUCACAUGGGUAGAUCAAUGAUACGAGAAGGCAAAGGAUUUGAUGUUUAUGUCCGGAGAAGUUUGAGGGAUGUUUUCAAAAAAGUCCCGACCUUUUCUCUUGAAGUGAAGGUUGGCUUAUUGCAUGCUGUCAUGUCUGACAAAGAAUAUAAAGUUAUUCUGGAUUGCGCAUACACAAAUUUAUGUGAAGAACCAAAGCUUCCCCCUAGUUUCCGUGGGGGAAAAUCUGAUUCAAAGGAUAAAAUUAGGCUGCUGGUUGAUAAGGUCAACAUGAAUAGUCAAAUCCUACUAUCACGGACUGUUACUAUAGUGGCAGUUGUGGUUGAUCAUGCACUGUUGGAACUCUACAAUUGUAUACAUGCGGAGUCUCCUUUUGCUCAAAUUGCUCUUGAAGGUCUUUGGGUGUCUUAUCGGAUGACCUCAUUGUCUGAAACAGAUCUUUACAUAACAAUCUCAAAAUUUUCUGUUGUUGACAUUCGUCCUGAUACAAAACCUGAAAUGCGCCUUAUGCUGGGAUCAUCCACUGAUGCUUUCAAACAAGUUUCUUCUGGAAGUCUGCCUUUCUUCUUAAAUAGGGGAAGCUUUAGGAGAACUGACUCUGAUGCUGGAUUUUAUGGGGAUUCACCAAUAUCAACUAUGCUCUUAAUGGACUACAGAUGCCGCACGUCAACCCAGUUGUUUGUAAUUAGGAUUCAGCAACCUCGAGUUCUAGUCGUAGCAGAUUUCCUUUUGGCUGUGGGCGAGUUUUUUGUUCCUGCACUGGGGACAAUAACUGGUAGGGAGGAAGUGAUGGAUCACAAUAAUGAUCCAAUUGGUAAAUACAGUAGCAUAGUAUUCACAGAGCCGACAUACAAGCAGACAGAAGAUGUGGUGCAUUUGUCUCCAACUAGACAGUUAGUAGCAGAUCUUUUAAGCAUUGAUGAAUAUACAUAUGAUGGCUGCGGAAAGACCAUCCAUUUGAGUGAGGAAAUGGAUGCUAAAGAACUCCAGUCAACUAGACCUCGACCAAUAAUUAUUAUUGGACGUGGAAAAAGGUUGCGGUUUAUGAAUGUCAAAGUUGAGAAUGGGUCCCUUUUGAGGAAGUACACGUACUUAAAUAAUGAUAGCAGCUACUCGGUAUCUUUUGAGGAUGGUGUGGACAUCGAGUUGCUGGAAAGUUCCUCAUGCGAUGGUGAUAAGAAGAGUCUGGAAUACUUGCAUGAAUCACCAGACUCCUCAAAUCUUUCAAAUUCUGAAAGUGAUCCAAAUAAGAUCCAAAGUUUCAGUUUUGAAACACAGGUUGUUUCUCCCGAGUUCACUUUUUAUGAUGGUUCAAAGUCGUCUCUGGAUGAUUCCUAUGGUGAAAAGCUUCUCCGUGCAAAGCUGGAUUUUAGCUUCAUGUAUGCAUCUAAAGAAAAUGACACCUGGAUUCGAGCUCUGGUGAAGGAUCUCACUGUUGAGGCUGGGUCUGGGCUUGUUGUGCUCGAUCCGGUGGAUAUAUCUGGGGGAUACACUUCAGUUAAGGACAAAACAAGCAUGUCCUUGUUAUCAACUGAUAUCUGCUUCCAUUUAUCACUAAGUGCAAUAUCUCUUAUAAGUAAUUUACAAAGCCAGGCAACAGCUGCAUUGCAAUAUGGAAAUUCAACACCCCUGGCUCCUUGUACCAACUUCGAUCGCAUUUGGGUAUCCCCGAAAGAAAAUGGGUCGUGUUUCGGUCUUACAUUUUGGAGGCCUCGAGCACCUUCAAAUUAUGUUAUUUUGGGAGAUUGUGUGACAUCAAAGCCAAUUCCUCCCUCACAGGCAGUGAUGGCAGUGAGUAAUACAUAUGGGCGUGUGUGUAAACCAACCGGUUUCAAUCUCAUAGGAUUGUUUUCUGCAAUUCAAGGAUUUUUGGAGGGUGAUUCUGCUAUUACUACAGAUUGUUCUCUUUGGAUGCCUAUAGCACCACCAGGAUACACUGCAAUGGGUUCUGUGGCAAAUAUUGGGAAGGAACCCCCACCUACCCAUAUUGUUUAUUGCAUUCGUUCAGAUCUUGUAACAUCAACAACCUUUAUAGAAUGCUUAUUCUGCUCUCCAUCAAAUCCACAAUUUGCGUCUGGAUUUAGUAUCUGGCGUGUAGAGAAUGCGCUUGGAUCAUUUUAUGCCCAUUCUUCUACUGAAUGCCCUUCCAAAGACAAUUGUUGUAACCUUAAUCAUCUUCUUCUUUGGAACACAAGUCGGCAUCAAUCUUCUGCUAAAGAAAGAUCCUCAGAUCUAGCUGUUGUUGAAAACCGGGAAAGUCAGGAAAGUAAAAACCAGAGCGCACAUACUUCUGGAUGGGAUGUUGUCAGAUCAAUUUCAAAGGCAACUAAAUGUUAUAUUUCUACCCCUAACUUUGAGAGAAUCUGGUGGGACAAGGGUAGUGACAUUCGCCGACCAGUCUCAAUAUGGAGACCGAUUCCUCGUCGAGGCUAUGCCAUCUUGGGUGAUUCCAUUAUUGAAGGCUUAGAACCACCAGCUGUUGGCAUAAUAUUUAAAGCUGAUGAUCCUGAAAUAUCUGCAAAACCUGUGCAAUUUACUAAAGUUGCCCAUGUGGUAGGGAAAGGUUUUGAUGAAGCUUUCUUCUGGUACCCAAUUGCUCCACCAGGUUAUGCUUCUAUAGGAUGCAUAGUUUCCAGAAUAGAUGAACCACCACCUAUAAAUUCAUUUUGUUGCCCUAGGAUGGAUCUUGUUAGCCAAGCUAAUAUUCUUGAGGUGCCCAUUUCAAGAUCUUCAGCUUCAAAGGGUUCACAGUGCUGGAGCAUCUGGAGAGUUGAAAAUCAGGCCUGCACUUUUCUUGCACGUGGCGAUCUGAAAAAACCGUCUAGCAGAUUGGCGUAUGCUAUUGGUGACUCCAUGAAGCCCAAGACUAGGGAGAACAUAACUGCUGAGGUGAAGCUAAGAUGCUUGUCCGUAACGGUACUAGACAGCUUGUGUGGAAUGAUGACUCCACUAUUUGACAUGACAAUCACCAAUAUCAAACUUGCAACACAUGGUCGAAUGGAAGCUAUGAAUGCAGUGCUAAUUUCCUCUAUUGCUGCAUCAACCUUCAACACUCAGUUAGAAGCAUGGGAGCCACUUGUGGAACCUUUCGAUGGAAUAUUCAAGCUUGAAACAUAUGAUACUAAUCUACACUCGCCAUCGGAAUUUGGGAAGACAGUGCGUAUUGCUGCCACAAGUAUUGUUAAUUUAAAUGUCAGCGCUGCAAAUCUUGAAACUUGUAUAGGGACCAUUCUGUCAUGGAGAAGACAAUUAGACCUUGAACGGAAAGCAAAGAAGAUAACUGAGGAAGCUUGUGGUCUAAAUGAACAAGAAGAGAACCAGACUUUGUCUGCCUUGGAUGAUGAUGACUUUCAGACUGUGAUGGUAGAGAAUAAACUUGGUUGCGAUAUCUAUCUGAAAAAAGUUGAACAAAAUUCAGAUAUGGUGAACCAGUUACAUCAUGGUGAUUGUGUCUCCGUAUGGGUUCCACCUCCACGGUUUUCAGACAGGUUAAACGUUGCAGAUGAAUCCAAGGAAGCUCGAUUAUAUGUUGCUAUACAAAUUCAUGAAGCUAAGUGUUUACCCAUUAUAGAUGAUGGCAAUAGCCAUAACUUCUUAUGUGCUUUGAGACUUGCUGUUGAUAGCCAGGCAGCAGAUCAGCAAAAACUUUUUCCUCAAAGUGCAAGGACAAAAUGUGUUAAGCCUUCAGUGUCAAGACAUAGUACCCUGAAUGAAGGCUCUGCUGUGUGGAAUGAACUUUUCAUAUUUGAAGUUCCUCGGAAGGGCCCAGCUAAACUGGAAGUGGAGGUGACAAACCUUGCAGCAAAAGCGGGAAAAGGUGAGGAUUAGCGAAACUUGACGGACCACUCAGAGGACUUGAAGUUAUUUAUUUUCAUCUUGUGGUGAGGAUUUUGUGUGGAUUUUUGUGAGGA